UCUCUCUCUCUCUCUCUCUCUCUCUCUUUGUGUAAGCAAAGAACCAAUCUUUAGGAGACUUCUUCUUUUAUAUUUUUCUUCACUUGGAAGCUCGCGAAUGAUCUUCUUGUUCUCUUGAUUGAUUCCCUUCUUCUUCCAGCUUUCAAGAAUCAGCUGUAUCUAUCUCCGCUUGAUAGGUGAAUGGAUCCUGUGCCUGUUCGAUGUCUUCUUAACAGCAUCUCUCGGUAUCUUCAUCUGGUUGCUUGCCAGACCAUUAGAUUUAAUCCUAUCCAAACAUGUAUUGGAAAUAUGGUUCUCUUGUUGAAGCUCUUGAGACCGUUGCUCGACCAAGUUGUUGAUUGCAAAUUACCUUCUGAUGAUGACUGCUUAAAUAAAGGGUGUGAAGACCUUGAUUCCGUUGUUAACCAGGCUCGGGAGUUCUUAGAGGACUGGUCACCUAAGUUGAGCAAGCUUUUUGGUGUGUUUCAAUGCGAGGUUUUGUUUGGAAAGGUCCAGACUUGUUCUCUCGAGAUUAGUCGCAUACUUCUUCAGUUAUCACAGUUAAGUCCAGACACUUCAAGCGUACAAGGUGUUGAGCGCUGCGUCCAGGAGAUUGAGAGUUUUAAGCAAGAGGGGACAUUAACCGAACUCAUGGAGAACGCUUUACGACAUCAGAAAGACGAUAUUACCUCUUUGGAUAACCAUCAUCUGGAAAACAUCAUUCAAAUGUUAGGAUUGAUAUCAAACCAGGAUCUCUUGAAGGAAAGCAUUGCUGUAGAGAAGGAAAGGAUAAGAUCCCAGACCAGCAAGUCGAAAGAAAAUGUGGAACAAAUCGAACAACUGAUAGAACUAGUCUUGUGCAUUCGUGAACACAUGCUCAAAACUGAGUUUCUUGAAGUGGCUAAAGGUAUCUCGAUACCCCCAUAUUUCCGAUGUCCUUUGUCAACGGAACUCAUGCUGGAUCCGGUAAUUGUAGCUUCAGGGCAGACAUUUGACAGAACAUCCAUUAAGAAAUGGCUUGAUAACGGGUUAGCUGUUUGUCCCAGGACACGGCAGGUGCUGACUCAUCAAGAACUCAUUCCCAAUUACACGGUUAAGGCUAUGAUAGCGAGUUGGUUGGAGGCAAACAGGAUCAGCCUUCCUGCUAACUCUGGCCAUGCUGGUGGUGAUGCCUCAUCCAUGGCUAAUAACAUGGGUUCUCAGGACUUCAACCGCACCGAAAGUUUUCGUUUUUCUUUAAGAAGCAGCAGUUUUAACUCAAGAUCAUCUCAUGAAACUGGAAAUGGAUUUGAGAAACUAAAGAUCAACGUGCCUGCCAGUUUAUGCGGGGAAUCUCAAAGCAAGGAUCUUGAUAUAUUCGAACUUUUGUCUUCGGGGCAGUCUUACACUCAUAGCAGGAGUGAAUCAAUUUGCAGUGUUGUCUCGUCUGUUGAUUAUGUGCCUUCGGUGACACAUGAGAUGGAAAGUAUACUAGGUGAUCACCAAAGCUCCAGUGAGAUGUCUCCCAAGAAAAACUCAGAAUGUUCAAGCAAUGUAAAUAAUGAGCAUACCGCAACAAAGACUUAUGAGUGUUCUGUACAAGAUUUAGAUGAUUCAGGAACAAUGACAACUUCACAUACCAUAAAAUUGGUAGAAGAUCUUAAAAGUGGAUCUCACCAAGUGAAGACGGCUGCUGCAGCUGAAAUACGUCAUCUCACCAUUAACAGCAUUGAAAAUCGUGUUCACUUCGGGCGUUGUGGUGCUAUUACUCCACUGCUAUCACUUUUAUACUCGGAAGAAAAGCUAUCACAAGAACAUGCAGUCACAGCUCUUCUGAAUCUUUCAAUUAGUGAACUAAACAAAGCCACAAUUGUGGAAGCGGGGGCUUUAGAACCGCUUGUUCAUGUUUUGAACACAGGAAAUGACAGAGCCAAAGAGAAUUCAGCAGCAACAUUGUUCAGUCUGUCUGUUCUGCCAGUCAACAGGGAACGAAUAGGCCAGUCUAACGCAGCGAUACAGGCUCUGGUGAAUCUUCUUGGGAAAGGAACAUUUAGAGGAAAGAAAGAUGCCGCCUCUGCUUUGUUCAAUCUAUCGAUAACUCAUGAAAACAAGGCUCGUAUCGUGCAAGCUAAGGCGGUGAAGUAUCUUGUGGAGCUAUUAGACCCAGAAUUAGAGAUGGUUGAUAAAGCAGUUGCUCUUCUUGCAAAUCUUUCUGCAGUUGGAGAAGGGCGUCAAGCAAUUGUGAGGGAAGGUGGGAUUCCAUUGCUUGUUGAGACUGUUGACUUGGGAUCUCAGAGAGGGAAAGAGAAUGCAGCUUCUGUGCUACUUCAGCUGUGCUUGAACAGUCCGAAGUUUUGCACUUUGGUCUUGCAAGAAGGCGCCAUACCUCCACUUGUUGCCUUGUCUCAGUCUGGUACACAGAGAGCAAAAGAAAAGGCACAACAACUUCUUAGCCACUUCCGAAACCAGAGAGAUGCAAGGAUGAAGAAAGGUAGAUCAUGAUUCAUGAAGAGACAGAGAUGCACUCUUGCAUUUAGACAUUUCCCUCGGGAGAUUUAUUUUGCUAGAAAAAAUUAUUCUCUCUUUUCAUUUUGCCAAGAACAUUAGCUGGCGAGUAGUGUCUUCUCUCUUUUUGUGUUGGCUUCUUGUUGUGUAAUGUGUUAAUGUUGCUGUGUAGUAGGUAUAUGUAUAAUGUAUGUGCAAUUUGUGAGUUUCGGGUAUAUAUAGGCAAAUGAAGUUUUACUGCAAAAGAUAAUCCCCUACUAUAAACCCACUCACUAUUCAUCAUAUCUAUGUUACAUUGCUUGUUUCCUUUA